AUGUUCUCGCGCCCGAUCUCCUCAUGGGGUCGGCUUCCUUGGUCGGGCCCCGGCCUCCGCCCGGCCACCAUCACAAAUACACGAUGUGUUGACUCUGGGAGGAGAUUCUUCACUCGCAAUUCAUGUCUCCGGCAGAAUAUCAACGCACCUUUCAAUACGCCACAGUCGAAAAAGCGCAAUGCGUCGACCAUGUACUAUACAGCCAGUCUUAUUCUUGGAACCGUUGCGCUUGCCUAUGGCUCCGUCCCUCUGUACAAAAUGAUCUGCCAACAAACCGGCUGGAACGGUCAACCCGUAGCUACUCACCGUGUAGGUGACGGCGAUACCUCUUCCCGCGUCACUCCGGUCACCGACUCCCGUCGUUUGAGAAUCACGUUUAAUGGAUCAGUUUCGGAUGUUUUACCAUGGAAGUUUACACCGCAACAACGUGAAGUUCGAGUUCUUCCGGGCGAGACAGCACUUGCAUUCUUCACAGCGACAAACAAGGGCCCAACGGAUAUUAUUGGUGUAGCGACGUAUAGUGUCACUCCCGGACAGGUUGCUCCCUACUUCAGCAAGAUCCAAUGCUUUUGCUUCGACGAGCAGAAGCUGAAUGCUGGAGAGUCGGUUGACAUGCCGGUGUUCUUCUUCAUCGACCCUGACUUUGCCAAUGAUCCAGCAAUGAAGGGCAUUGACACAAUUACGCUCUCAUAUACCUUCUUCAAGGCGCGAUAUGAUGACAAUGGUGUCUUGAAGCCAUUGCCGUCGAGCUAA